ACAGAGAUCAGUCUCCACGAAGAAGCAUCUUAAAUUUGCAUCAGUUAUGCACUGCUAUUUUACCUUUCCAGCAACCUCCUCUUUUCAACAUCAAAUGACUGGCAGUUGAUGUGACAUAUAUAUGACCACAGCCAGGCGGUCUUGUUCUGUGUCCAACAGUGCAUUAACCCCUUGUUACAAAGUCCUGUCCGAAGAUCAACAAACAUUGCGUGUCCAACUCCUGUCCACACGAGCAUGGAUAUCGCCACGGUAAAUGCUCUUCCUUACGAGGACUUUGUGAAUAUUUUGGGCAAUGUGGUGGAGAAAUGUCCCAUUAUAACAGCUGCUGUGUGGUCGGGGCGUCCCUUUGAGAACUUGACUGCUUUGGAGACUGCAAUCAGUGAAUUCAUCGAUGCUCUCCCAGAAUCAGGUAAAGAGGGGAUCCUCAGGUGUCACCCGGACCUCGCAGGCAGGGACCUCCAGAGCGGCACCCUGACCCGGGAGUCGCGCGAGGAACAGGCUGGAUCCGGGAUGGAUGCGCUAAACUCCGCAGAAGCCUCGCGCAUGGCCCGGCUCAACGAGGACUACAAGGAGCGCUUUGGUUUCCCGUUUGUCAUCUGCGCCCGAAUAAACGACAAGGCGAACAUUUUACGGCAGCUGUCCGAGCGCUGUCUGAACGAGCGCGCGGUGGAGAGGGCGCUGGGCAUCGAGGAGGUGAAGAAGAUAUGUCGCCUGCGUCUUCAAGCUCUCGUGCUCAUUGACGCGCCCAACAAGAUAUAAACUUUAACAACGAGUUUAUAUCUAAAAUGGUACUGGGCCACUUCAACAACCCGGAUGUAAAGACUGUCAUUGUCCUGAGGACUGUAGACCUAGACUGUGUGCUAUUCGCUUUAUUCCAAAUGCAAUGUGCGGGUAUUCAAGCAUCAUACUGUAGGCCUACAAUGAGUUUUCUAAAUAAAACAAUAUAUAGGCCUAUGUACCUUUGAUUCUAAUUUAACAAUGUACAUGAUAACAGCUUGGGCUUAUGUACAAGUGGUAAAUAUAUUGCAUUACGCAUAGGCAUAUACAAUCAGAAACUUGAUAAUACUCACAUUUCUGAGAUG